UGUGAAUGCAUCCGUGUGUUAGGUUAUGUUUAUCGUGUGGGUUUAUAAGGUCAUUUUACAAGUGGCAAUUUUGAGUCUUUGGUGAGUCAUGUUCGAGUGUUUGCACUACCUGAAUGAUGAUGUCAUAUUAUGAAGCAGAGGUGCUCGCCAUUGACAGUAUUUACCUUGCUAAGAAAGUUUGGAUGGAUUUAUAGCCUGGAACCAUGCACUUCAACUGUUUUAAGGGCAGGAAAAAUGGCAAUGGCCGCCUGGACAAUCGUAACAGAUACUCUGCCAUAGAGUUGAGUACUAAUAAUGGUGUCCAUGACCCUCCGAUCAUCCCUGGUGUUCAUGAUGUUUCACUCUAUGAACAAUACGAUGCCAUGGGAGCUGGAGGUAGGAAAAGUCCAGUAAGGAGACAUUACUCUGCAGCAGAUAUGUUGGUUACAAUGGAGACAGAUAUAGAAUCACAGCUCUUGGAGGUGCGGCGGCGGCCAAGGUCUGAAGGAUGCUGUUAUGUUGGCAAAUUCAGUCCAAAGCGUCUCUCAAGUUUUGGACUUGAUUCUCCAUUUGGAAAAGCAGAUGCCUAUGAAAAGCUAGAAAAGUUAGGAGAGGGCUCUUAUGCUACAGUGUACAAAGGUCUUAGCAACUUAACAAACCAGAUAGUGGCAUUAAAAGAAAUAAGGUUGCAAGAAGAGGAAGGUGCUCCCUUCACAGCCAUUAGAGAAGCAUCCUUGCUCAAGGGUCUCAGACAUGCAAACAUUGUGAUUCUCCAUGAUAUUAUCCACACCAGAGAAUCAUUAACUUUUGUAUUUGAAUAUGUGCAUACAGAUCUAAGUCAAUAUUUAGAGAAGCACCAGGGAGGAUUAAAUCCCCUUAAUGUAAAGUUAUUUUUAUUUCAACUACUACGAGGGCUUUCAUACUGUCAUCAACGGAGGAUACUUCACAGGGAUUUGAAACCUCAGAACUUGCUCAUUAGUGAAGUAGGGGAGCUGAAAUUGGCAGAUUUUGGCUUAGCUAGAGCCAAGUCAGUCCCCAGUCGCACUUAUUCCCAUGAAGUGGUAACACUAUGGUAUAGACCCCCCGAUGUAUUAUUAGGGUCUACAGAUUACACUACAUCUUUAGAUAUAUGGGGUGUAGGUUGUAUCUUCACAGAGAUGAUAUCGGGUGUGGCCACUUUUCCUGGGAUGAAAGAUGCAUUUGAUCAGUUAGACAAAAUAUGGCGGAUAUUGGGAACUCCAACAGAAGAGACAUGGGAAGGUGUUUCAAGGUUUCCAAAUUACAAAAAAGGCAAAUUUUACAAGUAUUCCAGACAGCGUUUGUCCCAAGCCAUUCCUAAGCUGGGCCUUGUGCGCCAUGCCGAAGACCUGGCUAACCACUUCCUACAGUUGGACUCUGCCAAAAGGAUCUCAGCAAAAAAUGCCAUGUAUCAUGAUUACUUCUCAGAUCUUCCCCCAAGGAUACAUGAGCUCCCUGAUGUUGCCUCAAUAUACACCAUUCCUGGGCUACGUCUGGUACCAGAAAAAGACCAAUUACUCAGACCCACAAUAAGGACUAACCCACACAUGAGAACAGCAAGCCAGAAAGUAUAGUAUUAUCCAGCACUAGGUAGGAAUCAUUGGUAGCUUUAGAAAUUUUAUCUUGUAUCAAAAUGCAUAUAGUGUCAGUUAGUGAGUUAUAUUUCUUUCAACAUAUUAAUUUCAUGACUUACCAUAUCUUUCCUUUUAAGUUAUUCUUAUAAGAUUAAUUUGUAAAAUUGCUUCAUGCCAGCCUUGAACGAUCUUCUAGUUAUUUUUGUUGGAAUGCAUUUAAAGACACCAAUAAUACUUUAAAAUUUUGUAUCAUGACUGAAGAAGUAUGACUCACUCUGAAUCACCUCAAUAUGAAGAUUACAGGAAAUUCUAAAAAAA